AUUCUCCAUUUCAAUCUAACUUCCACCAAUGGCGAAAAAGAUCUGCGCCGCCCUAAUCGCACUCUUCUGCUUAAUCACCCUCUCAAUCGCCGCCGAUCUGCCGCCGGAGAACGAUGAAUCCACCGCCCAGGUGUCCCUCCCACUCACCGAAGCCGAGCGCGACUCUGCCGUCGUAAACCUCCCGCCGUUGACCAGAAUGGUCACUCUCCGUCCGGUCAACCGCCGCUUCGACGUCAGAUCCAAGCACCCCUGCCGCGGCCGCCGCCACUCUAGGGUUUACCACGCCCUGAUGAGGAGGGAAAACGAGGAGCAGAUCCCCUACGGCGACGACAUGCUCGUUUCCUCCGGCGAGAACAGCGACUUCGUUGACAACCUUCAACUUAACUCCGACGAUCGGCGGUUUCCGCUGAAUUCGAUGCACCACCACCACCACCACCACCACGAGGACAGUGACAGUGACAGCGACGACGAAGACGACCACGGUGAGAGAAUCAACAAAAAAAUGAAAGUUUUGAACAAAUGGAAGAAUCAUUUCGAGCAUCAGAAUAGAGAUGCCGAUCCGGAAAAGAAGGAAUCUGGUUUCAUGAAGCGCGUGCGUAAGUUUCUCGACCAUUAUUUCUAAUUAUUUCGUCUCUGAUGAUUUAAUUAGGUCGAUAAACUACAUAUAUAAUUAUGAUUAUGUAAUUAAGUGAUGCUGCUAUAUAUAAUAUAUUUACGCGAGCUAAAAUAAGGUUUACCAGUUUCUUAGAUCCAACAUUUGCAGCAGUGUUCAUCAACACAUAGUAGCGUGUGUGUGUGUGUAUCUAUCUAUACAGUUGAGUUUCUGAAAUUUCCCCCUCUUUUGUUGGUCUGUAAAUUACUUGAAUCCGUUUUGAA